CUUAAUAUGUUUACAUUUUCCCAUUAAAUAUACGUAAAUCUAAUCACAUCACAAACAAAAUGUUCUUCCACUACCUGUUGAUUGCGACGAAGACUCGCCGCUGUCUUGAUCUGGCCGUGAACCGCUAGAAAUUCUUGCCACUACCACUGUUGCAUGAAGUAGAAAGUAAGCGAGUCUUUUCCGCUAAGCAUUAAGCUUAGAUAGCAUUAAGAAAAAUAUACUUUAAACUGGAUAUAGGCAAAAUGCCUAGAAUCCGGUCUCUAAUGAUGUUUAUUGUUAGGCAGUAUACAAUACCAGCAUGCGCCAUUAUUUGGAUGGUCUCUUGGUAACACGCGAUAAACAAAUGAAAUCACUACCAUUAAAUAACACACCGAACAGUUUAACUUACGACACCGCAUUAGUACAUCAAUAUUAAUGCAGAAAGAUGGAAUCGUGCAGUGAAAUUACACCUACGGAAAGUGAGGAGGAUUACGGGUCAUACUUUUUACAGCCUGCUAGUUCGCCUUAUAAUUUAGCUGAAAAAUUGCAGCAAGCAAAUCAAGAGCUUGUUGAUCUAAAUCCUGAAAAAUGUAAAACUAUUAAAGUGCAAUUUAAAGAAAAUUUGGUUACCUACGAGCCCGAAUUAACUGACGACGAUAUAAAUAGCAUUGAAAGUGAUUAUGUUGAGGUUAAAUUGGAAGAAUGUUUAGAAUAUAAAACUAUAACACAAUUUUCACAAGAGAGUUUACAUCUUUUUAAUAUUAAUGAAGUUGAGGAACACUUUGAAAAUACUAUUGAUGAGGAUAUAGAAGAAGUGUAUGAUGAGGAAGUAAAAGAGGAACUAGAUUAUGAAAAAAUAGAAGAAGAGCAUAUAGAAAGCAGUAUUAGUGAAGCAACAUACACUGAACCUAUGAAAAAAAUGUCACCUAAGCAAGAAUUAAAAGAAAUCAAAAAGACUAGGAAAUCUAACAAUAAAAAAUAUGUGGUGCAUGGUAAUAUAGACUGUAAAAACCACUGCAUAGAGCAAAUAGAUCACUUAUCAAUGUCAAUAAGUAAAAUACAAAUUCAUGAAAAACCUGCGGACUGUCCACCUUUAAAACUCCGUCAAAGAAAAUGCUGUAACGAAAAAGAUGAUUACAACUUACCAAUAUACAACGGUUUAAAAUCAGAGUAUGGCCUAACCCUUCAACAGCUAGAAGAAAAGAGAAUUAUGAACAAAAUAUGGCAAAAUAAGCAGCUAUAUCGUCAAAAAUGCCUUGAAAAGGCCCGCUUGAAAAGAACCCUACAAAAUGAGGAAAAUUUUAGCCAAUGGCUUAGAAACAUCCAAAAUAAAAAUAAACAAAAUAAACGCGUGACUAAGCCCAAUAAAAAACCUGAUGUAACGAAAAUUUUGAACGCUGAAAAAAUAUACAGGCCAAGCACUGCUAAAGAAACUUCCAAAAAAUUUACUACUACAAAUAGGCCUUAUAGUUCGCAUUUAUGUGUUUAUAUAGAAAUGCCCGACUGUGAAGUACGUAAAAAUGUAUACAUUGGUGAUUUAAUUAUACAGAAAUCUAAGAAAAAUUUUAGAAAGCCUUUGCAAAACUAAAUAUGUAUGUAAUGUAAUUUUGACUUAUCCGUUAAAUGUUUAUAUUGGUUAUUUAACUAUAAAAAAAUAAAAAUAACUGUAGAAAACCUUUUCAAAACCAAAC